AUGGCACCCUACGCUUAUACCGUUUACUACGGUAUUUUCAUCCACCUCCCGCGCCAGCCAGAUGAGCCUGCCACAGCCACUUCGCCGCCAAAACAUAGAUUGUCUAUCAACCAUGGUGCGUUGUGGGUUUCGCAGGCGGAUGGGAAGAUUAAAGGGUUUGACUGGACGGUCAAGGAUGAAGAGGGGUUGGGGGAGUUGAUUAAGAGGAUGGGCUGGAGGGUCGAGAUCCAGGACCGGGGAAACGUUGGCGGAGUUGGAGAGUUGGUGACCAUUGUGAAAGCUCGAGCGAAGAGGAAUGGGUUCUUUUUCCCGGGGUUUAUUGACUCCCACAUCCAUGCACCCCAGUAUCCCAACUCCGGCAUAUUCGGGUCUUCCACUCUCCUGGACUGGCUAGAAACAUAUACCUUUCCACUGGAAUCCUCCUUCGGCAACAAGGAUAAUCCCUCGGAACCCCCGCCGUCUGCCCGCACGGUCUACAAUCGCAUCGUAUCCCGCACUCUCUCCCAUGGCACCACCUGUGCUGCCUACUACGCAACCAUCCAUGUCCCUGCCACCAACCUCCUCGCCACAAUCUGCCACACAAAGGGUCAGCGUGCCCUCGUCGGCCGCGUCUGCAUGGAUAACUCCGCUAUCUGCCCAGAAUACUACCGCGACGAAUCCGCGGCCUCCUCCCUCUCCGCUACAAAAGCCACAAUCGCCCACAUCCGCGCUCUCGACCCAUCUUCCACCCUGAUCAGGCCAAUCAUCACCCCGCGCUUCGCCCCCUCCUGCACCCCAAAAGCCCUCAGCGACCUUGGCGCCCUCGCCGCCUCCACCUCCCCUCCCACUCCAAUCCAAACCCACAUCUCCGAAAACCUCAACGAAAUUGCUCUCGUUGCGAAGCUCUUCCCCACCUCCAAAUCCUACGCGGAUGUCUACGAUUCCGCUGGACUUCUGACUCCUCACACCAUCCUCGCGCAUGCCGUUCAUCUUUCCGCCGACGAGCGCGCGCUCGUCGCCGCCCGCCGCUCGGCCGUGGCGCAUUGUCCUACCUCCAACUCCGCAAUUGGCUCGGGCCUGUGUCCCGUGCGGGAAUUGCUCGAUGAGGGCAUCACUGUCGGCCUUGGGACGGAUGUAUCCGGCGGUUGGAGCCCGAGCGUUCUCGAGGCGGUGAGGCAGGCAUGUCUUGUCUCGCGGCUCGUUCCGUUUGGAAACAGCAAUGGCAGUGCGGCCGCUGGGCCAACUAGGGGUGGAAAGGGGGCUGGCCGCGAGAAGAUCGGCAUUGAAGAGGGCUUGUAUUUGGCUACCCGUGGUGGGGCGGGAGUUGUCGGUUUACAGGAUGUAAUCGGUGGGUUUGAGGUGGGUAUGUAUUGGGAUGCACAGAUGGUGGAGAUUGGGGGCGCUGUUGACGAUGACGGUGAGGGCGUUCGUGACGAUAUUGGCAAUUGUGGGCGAUACAACAGUAAUGUGGAUGUCUUUGGGUGGGAGUCGUGGGAGGAGAAGAUUGCAAAGUGGGUUUGGAAUGGAGAUGAUAGGAAUGUUAAGGCUGUAUGGGUUGCAGGAAGGCUGGUGCAUGGGGAGCCUUGUUAGCAAAUAGAGGAGGUCUCAGGAUGGAGGAAUGGCUUAUAAAUUAAGUAAUGGCAAUCCAAUAUGCACAGUACUAUAUCUAUGCAUUCCAGCAAGCGCAUCGCAACAG